AUAAAACUGUACAGUUGUGUGUGUGUGUGUAUAUAUAUAUAUAUGUAAAAAAGUGUGUGUGUGUGUGUAAAAAUGGGUAGCAAUUCGCAGUUGAUGGUUCUGAUAAUUAUAAUAUUUGUUGAGAUAUUGGUGACGGUGAACGGCGAGCUUCACCGGGUUGUACAUCCGGCGACGAAAGCCGACGGGUCGAUAAGUGUAUUGGUGAUCGGAGAUUGGGGAAGGAAAGGAAUGUACAACCAGUCUCAGCUUGCUUACCAGAUGGGUAUAACGGCAGAGAAGAAAGACGUCGAUUUCAUUAUAUCAACGGGAGAUAACUUUUAUCCGAGUGGAUUGACAGAUGAAAAUGAUCCAGCAUUUGAUGAGUCAUUUACCAAUAUCUAUACAGCUCCCAGCUUGCUCAAGAAAUGGUACACUGUGUUAGGGAACCAUGACUAUAGAGGUAACGCCAUAGCACAAUUGAGUCCCAUUCUCAAAGCAAAGGAUAGCAAAUGGUUUUGCAUGAAAUCUUUUAUCCUCAAUACAGAUAUCGCAGAAUUCUUUUUCAUAGACACGACGCCUUUCGAAGAUAAAUACUUUACGGAUCCGGAAGAUGAAGUAUACGAUUGGAGAGGCGUCCUUCCUAGAGACAAAUAUCUUUCGACUCUCUUGCGCGAUUUGGAGUCAGCGUUGAUAGAAUCGCGGGCAAAAUGGAAAAUCGUGGUUGGUCACCACACGAUUAAAAGCGUCGGCAUUCAUGGUAACACGAAGAAGCUUGUGCAAAAGGUUCUUCCGAUUCUUGAGGCAAACGAUGUUGAUCUUUACAUAAAUGGGCAUGAUCAUUGUUUAGAGCAUAUUUCCAGUCAUCACAGUCGUCUUCAAUUUCUAACAAGUGGGGGAGGGUCAAAGGCAUGGAGGGGUGGAUACGAUCGGACGAGUAUCAAUGAAAAGGAGAUGAGAUUUUAUUACGACGGGCAAGGCUUCAUGACAAUGCAAAUUACUGAAACUGAUAUUGAUAUUGAUUUCUACGAUAUAUUUGGCAACGUAUUGCACAAGUGGGGUGCAUCAAAAUCAUAUUUCUCUUCAAUUUAGGCUUCGCUUCAAAUAUGUGUGAAAGCGCCAUAUCUACGGUUAUCAUUCAUUUGUAACAUAUCAAAUGCGCGCCCAUUUGCUUUAUGCUAGCUAUAUGGUGUCGUAUGUUUUAUUUCCGCACGCAGUUUGUCAAUAUUAGUUACUAAUUUGUUUAUAAUAGUAUGUUCCAACGACCAACA